CAGAACAGCAGGUGUUCAUGUGUCUCAGUGUAUGUGAUGCUGCAUGAUUAUUCACCAAGAGGUGGCAAAAUGCAGACCUUGCUAGCACCUUGAAAGCUGCUGUCCAGCAUUGAUAGGAGUGGAAAGACCCUCUGCACCUCGCCUAUCCUGGAGUGGAUGUGACAUGUUUCCUGAUAACAAAAUGCUGUGUAGUCACUGUGUUCACUCUAUGACCACGUGGCAAGUGCCAUUCCCUCAGAAGAAUGAAGCUUCUUCCAUCAGAACCUCGGCAAAUAAAAGACAUGGUGUGCUGGAGGAGAAACAGAAUCUGGGGAGCAAGUUGGAAGACUAUGACUAUAAGAAGUAUCACCCCAUUGAGGAGAUCUAUAAAUGGAUGAGUCAGAUAGAAGAGAGGUACAGAGAAGUGGUGACACAGCACUUUCUAGGUGUGACCUAUGAGGCCCGACCGAUGUAUUCCCUAAAGAUCAGUAAGCCAACAAGUACCCUGAAGAAGAUCAUUUGGAUGGACUGUGGAAUUCAUGCCAGAGAGUGGAUUGCACCUGCCUUUUGCCAGUGGUUUGUGAGAGAAAUUCUACAAAACUACAAAACAGAUGCAAGGAUAAGCAGAUUUCUUAGGAAGCUGGACUUCUACAUCCUCCCAGUUCUUAACAUCGAUGGCUAUGUCUACAGCUGGAACAAUGAUCGUCUCUGGAGAAAAUCUCGUUCAUCUCAUAAUAAUGGCACAUGCUUUGGAACUGAUCUCAACAGAAAUUUCAACAUAUCCUGGUGUAGUAUUGGAGCUUCUAAAAACUGUAAAAGCAAAAAUUUCUGUGGAACGGGACCAGUCUCUGAGCCUGAAACAAAAGCCAUCUCGAGUUUUAUUGAAGGCAAGAAGGACAACAUCCUAUGCUACUUGACAAUGCAUUCCCAUGGUCAGUUCAUCCUCACUCCCUAUGGUUAUACCAAAAAGAGACCAAGUAGCUAUGAUGAAUUGAUUCGAGUUGGAAAGAAGACAGCAAAAGAAUUGAAAGCAAAGCAUGGAAGCAAUUAUAGAGUUGGAUCAACCUCAGAAAUGUUAUACCUUUUAUCUGGAUCUUCACGAGACUGGGCUUAUGAUAUCGGGAUUCCCUUCUCUUAUACAUUUGAGUUGAGAGACAAUGGCACUUAUAAGUUCAUGCUACCAGAAGACCAGAUCCAGCCCACUUGUGAGGAGACCACAACAGCUAUCCUCUCCAUGCUUGAUGAUAUCUAUGAGAAGGAAUGGGGUUCAAACAGAGCAGUGGUGCUCACCCCAUCUACCAUGGGGCUUAGUGUCUUCCUGUCCUUCAUGCUUUUCAUUGAAGGACAUCUGUCACAGCUCCAAUAG